UUCCCCUUAUAAAUUUCCGCAACGGGUGAUAUUCUUCUCUCCAAUUCUUAUUUGAUCUUCUCUCGUUUUGCAGCUACGAUUGAUAAUAGGAUGAUCGGUCUGACCAGUGGUUAAUUGAGCUCAGCUCCAUUUCACUUCCGUCUUCCAUAUCAUCUCCGUCUCCAACGCUUCCUUCACUACAGGUUUCUUUUGCUUUAGAUCUCAUCUCAUUUUAGUGCUGUUCCAUUGGUUUUGCAAGAUGGAUGAGAGUGUCAUGGGGGACGGCAACCAUACAACAAGUGAUUUAACAACUCCUGUUGUCAAGUCUUUUAUCGGGCUAAUUGAAUCCCGACCUAGUGAGCUAAACAAUGCUGAUAAAACACUUAACACAGAUAGAUGCGCGCAUUUUUCAAUCCGUGGUUAUGUUGCCGAGGUUCGUAGAAAAGACCGGAAGAUUUGUUGGCCAUUUCCGACAGUUGGUAACUGUAACAAAUUGGAGGAACAAACACUUCCUCCUCUACAUGUUCCUGAAUUCAGAUGGUGGAGCUGCCAAAACUGUCUGAGGAAGAUUGAAGCCAAAGAUGUUCCAAUAGGAACUGGAUUGCUUACAAAUUGUUCCAAUAUAGCAUGCAAAACCAAAACUACUACAUCUGGAGUCCCUUUCACAUUAUUUUGUGGUGAUGCUCAAAAGUUGCAUUCUGGCUUUCAACAAUCUUCUGAACUCAACAUUGUUGAUGGAAGGAAAUCCAGUUCAGAUGUUUCUCUUCGUGUGAAUAAUGCUGAACAUUGCCCAGCAUUAUUUGAGACCAUAAAAGAAAAGGGAGCUGAAUUGGAGCACCCAGUCACAAAAGAUAUUCAUAGGUUGACUGAUGGUAUCCCAGAAGAGAACAUGAACCUGGCAAUUUGUAAAUCUACCUGCAGUCCGAAGAAAUAUGAUACCAGCCCAGAAGGAGUAAACUUUACAAAUGGUGGUACUUUUAGUACCAAUUUUCAAAUUGGUAAGAAGGGAUGUGAUUUAUUUUCAAAUGAAACUGCCAUUGCUUCUCCGUCCAAUUCUCAUCAAAAGAGAGCUCUGGAAGUUGCCUCUCUUAAAUCAAAGGGUUAUGAAUUGGUUAACAGUUCCAGUGAAAUCUUUCACAAGGAAUCUGUAACUCUCAAAUCAAAAGGUGAUGAAUUGGUUAACAAUUCCAUGGAAAUCUUUCACAGAGAAGAGCCAGAAUUUAGCAGGAUCAAUUUAACAAAAAUCAAUGGGGAACACAAGGAUGUAGUGACUUCUUCUGUGAUAUCUGAGGUAGAUAAGGAGGCUUCAAACGCUGUAAUGUGUCAAAACAGAAAGCGUCAGUCCCUGGUAUCAAUUGAUAGUUCUUCUGAAAGUGAUGAGAAUUUAGCUGGAGAACAUGUUCAAGAUCAAUAUCACGCAAGUCAGCGUGGUAAUUCAGGUGACACUUCACAUGGGAGCAAACCAAGAAAGUUGCGCUUGUUGACUGAUAUAAUAAGAAGAGAAGCACUUGCUACAUCGGAUAAUCUUUAUUACACUGAAGGAGAUGCAACAACUGGUUGCAUGAAGACAGAAGGUGCUCAAUCUAAAGCAACACCAGAUGCACCCUCUGGGAUGGGUGUAUAUCCUGUUACCGACAAUCAGGUGGCUUUCCAAGGAAUUGAUAAAAAGGUUAUUCUGGGUAAGAAAAAGAAACACAAACUUCCACAGGAUGAAGAUGAGGGUUCUUCCAAAAUGGGUAGGCAAAGUGGAGUGACUGAAAAUAUUAAAAUCCGUAAGGAAGAUUCUGAAAUUAAAAACACAGAUAAUACAAUUGCUAAUGGUAAACUAGCAGGAGAUGCAUCUGUCCUGAUAGGUUUACAUCCUGGUUACAAAAGUUUUUUGGGAAAGCAUAGAAAUGGUAAAAAACCUAUCCUGGGUAAGGAGGAAAAGGAGAUGAUGUCUCAGGUUGAAGAUAGUUUGUCUUCCUUGGCACCUCAUUACGAGGUUAUUUCCAAAGAGGCUGAAGUUAGGAAAGAUGCAAAAAUCAAGUGUAUGGGGACUGAACAUGUUUCCAUUAAAUCAUUACUAGGUGGAGUUGCAGGGAAAGAGUUGAAUCCGGGCGCCCAAAGUUGUGUAGCUGCUGAACAGAGAACACAAAAUCUUGUUCUGGAUAAGAAGAAAAGUAAGGUGCCUCAAGUUGAAGAUGAGAAGUCUUCCAUAAUGCCUUGGCAAGAGAGCGUGCCACACAAAGAGAUCAUAAAGAGAUACCUUGACAGGAAGCGCAAGAUUACUCCAUCUGAUGGUUUGAAAUCUGUUCGAGUUCCAUGUACUGGAAGAGGUAUACAGCAUGGUCUUGAACAUCAUAUGCAGACCCAUAGAAAGGGUACUCUGAAUAAGAAGCAAAAGAACUUCCCUCAAGUUGACUGUAGGAUUACAGUCCCUGGUGAAAGUGGUAGUUCUUCUUUCAUUUGCUGGCCAAAGGAUUCCUUUAAUGCGUGUAAUUAUGGGAAUGCGACUAAUGUUGAAGAGCCUUCUAAACUUUCAAUGGAUCAAUGUGAUCAAGUGGCCAAUAAGAUAUCCGAACAGGCAGCUUCAGAUGAUAUACCCAUGGAAAUUGUGGAACUCAUGGCCCGAAAUCAGUAUGAGAGGCGUCUUUAUUAUGCCAAAGAUGCUACAGAGAACAGGUACUGCUUGUCAGAAACAACUGAGAAAGUUAUAGAUUCUGGGCUAACAGAUUCCACUGAAGCCCUUGGGAAUGAGAUGUUGAGAUUACUCCAUGAGAAGAAGUCUAACUUGCAGAAGUCUCAGUCCAGCAAAGAAAAAGAUAGCAUUUGUUCAGGUCCUAGAGAGGGACUCACCAAACAAAAAUCGGAUGCCUUACCUUCUAGUUUUGAUGGAAAAUACAGAAGCAUCAAUUUCAGUACAAGCCGACUAGAACAAGGUCAGGCCUCUAGUGGAUUUAAGGCAUUUCCACAGCAUCAAGGAAAGCUACCAAGUCAAGUCCAGUUUCCUGUCAUUGGUUCAAGAAGAAGCUGUGGUACUGAAAAUUGUACUUGGGAUGGUGAUAUGGUUGGGCAAAGAUGCUGCAGUACCUCUGCUCAGUCGUCAGGUGCAUAUCAUACUUCUCAGGUACCUUUACAACAAAGUGCAUUUAUGGAAUCACAAUCUGUUUGGUCCUCAGGCCCAAAUCGAACGCCUCUUGAAUAUAAUAGCCCUCAGAAGUCGGUUACUGGAGUGAGUAAUUCAAACAGGCUUUCUCAGUCUCCUAAUCCAUUACCUAAGGGAUAUGUGAAUUGGGAGACGAACGAGGGGGUUCAUCCGGAUUAUCUGUCUGCUUGCACAGACAAGGGAAAUGUUUAUUAUCCAAAAAUGAGAGGGCCAUUAGAUUUAUAUGCUAAUGAGACAUUAUCAGCAAUGUAUUUGCUCAAACUCAUGCAUGCAGGAGUGGGCUCAAGUAGUCCCCGAAAUAUGAAUGAUAAUCCAGAGAGGUUCCCUAAAGAUCAUCCAUUUCCCCAUGACCAGAUUAUCAAUGAAUUGACUGGGCUAGAGGCUAGUGUGUCGAAGUCCAACAGGGCCUUGGUCGACAAACCUUCAUGUGAUUACCAUGGUAAAAGUUACCAUGUAGGAAAAUCCCAUGAACAUUUUCCUCCAGUUUCUAUUUCCAGGGCUGUUGAUUCUCCAGUAUCGAAGGAUGUUAGUUUUCAAAGGACUGCUGGGUUUUCAGGUGGUUUUUUGACCAAACAAUUGCCUCGUUCCCUAAAACAUCAAGCAAGAGAGGGCAAGAAAAGAUCCUAUUCACCUGCACAAACUCAAGGCCCCAAAUUUCACAUGUCUGCCUCCAUAGAUUGUCCUACAAAUGAAAAUCGUGAAUAUGUGGUCCAUGAUUUGAAGAAAGGAUUUCUGUGUCUGCAAGCUUCGGAUUCUACAAAGUUUCCUGAACAACCUCAGACAGAGGAAGGUUCAACAAAACAUGUUCAACUGAAGGUCAGUAGAAAAGAUGAAACAGUUUCUCCUGUGGAAAGAAUAAGUGGGAUUGAGAGCUGCACACUUAACAGGAACCCAGCCGACUUUACCAUACCAGAAGCUGGAAAUAUUUACAUGAUUGGAGCUUCAGACCUGAAGUAUAGGAAGAAGAGACCAUCAAGGGAAAGUGGUGACCUGGUUAAUAGGGAUGGGCAUAAGCGACAGAAGAAAAUGAAGCUUACAACAAUAAAUGAGCACAAACAGCUUUAGAUCUUGUUAAAACACUUUUCAAGACUUCACUAGUAGUACCAACUACCACCUUACUGUCAUGCAGUUAAUUGUCAGGUGAAGAACUGCAUCUAUUUAACCCACUCUGGUUGAGGCAAGUGCGUACCACAGCAGUACCAGAACCAUUUCUUGGAUUUGGUCCUCAAUUGGCAGGAGUCGUGUAAAUGUUCUAGAAAACUCUAUAAGAAGCUCUGCAAGUAUGCAUAACUGAACUGUAAAUUUCAGACUCACAUGUACCAAGUCUACUGAUCUUUGUUUAUGGUCUACCAUAAGUUCAAAGCUAAGAAUUUCAAGCUGUGCAGUGAAGCAGGUCUUAUGAAAUCUUCUUGGUUUCUAUUGCCUCUCAAAGUUUUCAAGUUUCCACUCAGGUGUAGAUCUUUACAGUAUUGCUCUCUGUGUGUUCCUAGCACAAAUCAGCUAUUGAGGACACAGUCAAUAAUAAACAUGUAUUAUGUAGUGAAAUCUCAAAUCUUUAAUAAUGACUUGCGUAUCUU